CGCAGGUGCAGGGAACGUGAAAAAACCGUCCAACAACGUCUGGUCUUUGGCUUCCCCGUCUCCCCCCCCAAGUCCCCAAGUCGCUUACCCAGUGGAUGACCGACGAGCGACCAGCGACAAUAUCCGAUCCGGCUCGAGUCGCACCCACCUCCGAUCGAAUCGUAUUGAUUGAUCGUAAUUAUGGAUGCCUAUGCGAGUGAUUUCCCGCAGCACCAACCCUUGCCGUUCAAUCAUGGUCCGCCGCCGCCUUUCCCUCAGCCCAUGCCUGGUGCUGCCCAGUCGUACAAUCCCAACUUCCCCCCCUCGACCCCAAUGAUGCAUCCUGCUCAGCAGCAGAUGCACUAUCUCCACCAGCGCGGAACCGUCCAGAAUCAAGCGUUUUUGCCGCAACAGCAGCCCCAUCCACCGUUUUCGAGCCCUCAACAGGUCCCUCUCACGUCACAAGCAUUCAUACCGUCGAGUUCGCAAGCGCCUCAAUAUCCCCCGUCUACGCAGCAGCAAUUCCAGCACUUCCCUCCACCUACGGCGCCGCAAUUUCCUCCGCAUUCGCAGCCACCCCCACAGUCUCCCGCCCACAUACACCAACAGCCCCCUCGACCACAACAGCCGAGUCCACAAUCGAUACCGCUCCAAUCGCAACCUCCGCUGAAUGCGCCGUCAUCCCGAAACACGACACCUAUAUCGACCGCAACCGCGCAGUCAGGCUCCGUGCCGGGGCUAGUGGAGGGCGGCAAGAUGCAUCCGAGUCAGCAUACUCCGACUCAAUCAUCCACCCCUCAGCAGCACACGCCAACUGCUCAGAAACCAGGCGGUCCUACCACUCCUCAAUCGCCGAAUGGCCCGUUGCCCGUGGAUCGAAAGCUCAUGGAGCAGAGAAUCGAAGCCCUGUUAGAGAUCAACGGGGAGCUUCUCCGUGAAAUGAUCGACCUCCAAUCCCAGGGGAAAGGAGGCGGCAUGCCACCCCCUGCGACCCACGACGCGGAGAAAAAGGACGACGAUAAGUUCGCGUCGCCGGAAUUCGUCGAACUCAUGAAACGCUUCCAAGCCAAUCUCGCCUGGGUCAUCUUCUGGCACGAACGCGCCACCAACAAAGGCAAACCCGGCCAACAAGCACCCCCUGGCCCCAUGAUCAUGACCCCGCCGGCCGGCUACGACGCCAUCGCCGAGCUGUACGCGAAGAUGGUCCCGCUGUUCAACGGCUGGAAAGGCCCGACGCCGAAGCCGCCGGUGCCGCAGCAGCAGGGGACGUCGAGCCCGCAGACCGCCAUGUCCGCGCAACAAAUGCAGGCGCAGCGCGCGAGGAUGGCCGCGCAGAUGCAUGCGCAGCAGGCCGCGCAGAUGGCGCAACAUCAGGCCGCGCAGCAGCAAGCCCAACAGCAGGCGCAAUUACAGGCGCAACAACAGGCGCAGCAGAAACAGAUGCAACAGCAGCUGCAGGCACAGCAACAGCAGCAGCAACAGCCGCCGCCGCCGCAAUAGCGAAUCCUCAUCCGAGGAUCUCGUAUGACGUCUCUGGGAUUGGAGUCUGAAACGAUGGAACGAGCGUCGUGUAUAUACCUAUUGGACCUACGGGGAUGGUUUUUUUGGCACUGCGAAUCUUUGAUGCGGGACCCGGGAUGGAUGGAGUACAUGUUAUGCAACAGCCGAUGAGCCAUGCCGCUGGGCAUGGUUAUACAAUGCUCGGCGAAUUUGAUAGUACGGACAAGACACGACACUUUCGGUAGCGGUAUAUCAUGAUUGUUCGGAAUAAUCGGCUGUGGAUGAGGGACUUGUUUCGUAUGGUCCUAUUUGGACGACUGGUUGAGUUCUGUGUCUCAUGCGUUCGGUAAGGAGACUCGGUGGUGUAGGC